UACCGCUUAUAUUCAUUAUUUUCGGUGUAAUUGGUUUUAUUGGUAAUGCAUUUACAUUUCUUCAACCAACACUUCGAUUUAAUACUUGUUGCAUUUAUUUACUUUGUGGUUCAUUAGUCGAUAUUAUUAAUCUUUUUGUUAAUCUUUUGACUAACUAUCUAAAUGCUACGACUGGUUAUAUACUUUCUUUAAUAACUAUUCGUCAUUUAUGUAAAUUGAAAAUUUUUAGUUUAGUUUUUUUGCCUCAAUUAUCUAUAAACUUUUUGGCUUUGUCUCUUAUCGAUCGUUUUGCUUGUACAUGUAGUUUAACAUCAUCUAUAAGACAUAUUCGACGUUUAAAAAUGGUACCAUGGAUAAUCGUUAUUACUAUUAUUAUUAGCGGUGUUAGUUCACUGUACUCAUUUAUCGACUAUGAUGUUGUACCCAAUUUGGGAUGUAUAUGUACAAAUCGACUUUUCAAUGCUGUUUCAUAUAUUAUUAUUCAUGGUUUUACAACACCAUUUGUAAUGUUAAUAUUUGUAUUACUUACUUAUCGGAAUGUUAAACUAAGUCGUCAUCGAGCAGGUUUAAAAAAACUUGUAAACAUAGAUCGAUCUCGAAAUCCAUUUAUUCGAAUGAUUUUUACUCAAGUUUUCACAACAAGUUUCUUAACAUUACAAUGGAUUAUUUUUUAUAUCUAUCACUUGAUCGUUGUAGAUAAUAUCAAGAGUGAUGAACAACAAAUUCUUCAUUAUUUUGUUUGGUAUGUUAGUAAUAAUAUCUAUUAUCUUAUUAAUGUUAAAUCAUUUUAUCUUUCUACUUUAACAUCACGCUCAUUUCGAAAAACGUUUCUUGACGCUUUAUUUCAAUUGUUAUCUUGUUGUCGACAACGACAAAAGAAUAGAGAAUUUUCAGAAAGAUUAACUAAUGGUUCUUCAAAAAAUAAAGCAGAUGAAAAGUCACAAUAUGAAAUGUAA